AUGAACAAGGAGAAGGUGGGGCGUCGGUUGGACCUUGUAGGUAGCUCUGCGGGAUCCAUCAUAAGUGUAGCGGCGUGGUGUGCGUUGCAGGCCUCUAGCGCCGAUAUUAUUCUGGCCGCCAUCGAUGAGAGGAUGCGAAACGCAUCCACGAGGAACGAGAUGCGGUGCGCACUACUCAAUGUCAUUCAUGAACUUCUCCUCACUUGCGCUGCUAACGGCGUUCCAGAGGCGGGGAAGCGGAGCGUGUUGAUGGCGGUCAGUAAGACUCUUCCAGGCACAGUGCAUGCGGUGCGUACGCUUACCGGGACAAACACUGAGGCAUUUGAACAAAAUCUGGCGAAGGUGGUGUCGUGGUGGGCUAUCCUGAAUAUUUUUCCACGUGCAUGGAUUGCCCAGCUCGGUGUGAAGGAGGCGAAGCAACCUAGUGACGCGACGGGGGGAGCUUCCAUGCCGGGGCAGCUGUCCUACAUUGUGAACCUGAUGUCGAGGUACAACGAGGUGAAGGAAGAGUGUCUUCGCCAGUCACACGCCUCACCAGAAAGAGCUGCGGCGGUUCGAGAGGAGGCGUCACAACUACUUGCGAAGCUUAGGGAGGUUGUCCACUGCAAGCUAGAUGGUGGAGCCUCCCUCGUUGCGUGGCUAGAUGCAGAGCGGGGCGCACUAGAAGGAAACGCGCAGAACACGUCAUUCUCCGUGGCAGGGCAGAAGGAAGAUGACGUUCUUGGCUCUUUCUUCUAG